CCGGGCCGCACCGCUAGUGCGCAUGGGCAGACGUCCUCCUCGGCUCCAACUGACCCUUUCAGUUUACGCCGUUGUCCGAAACGUUGCGAAGGCCGUUACCUGAGCGCCAGCAGUCCGCGACAUGGCUGAUGAAAAAGGUUCCCUGAGGGGAGACGUAGAGGAGGGAGAGGAGCCGGUGGUGGCCGUCACCGGUAGUGCGUACCCUGGAAAGCAGGCAGAGGAGGAGGAGGAGGAGGAACCGAUGAAGGUGGAAGUGGCGGUGGGGGCUGAUGCCUGCUCUGACGACCUCAGCUGUGGGGAGGCCGACAUCGAUCCAAGCCUCCUGGAGCUCGUGGACGAGGAGAAAUGCCGGAGUAUCCGCAAGCAGUACCGACAGCUCAUCUACAACGUCCAGCAGAACCGUGAUGACAUCGUGAACACGGCGAGCGACUCCCUGACCGAGGCUCUUGAGGAAGCCAAUGUUCUGUUUGAUGCAGUCAGCCGAACAAGAGAAGCAGCUCUGGACGCCCAGUUUCUUGUUUUGGCUUCUGAUUUGGGUAAAGAAAAAGCAAAGCAGCUAAACUCUGAUAUGAGCUUUUUUAAUCAAGUAGCGUUUUGUGACUUUCUGUUUAUAUUUGUGGGUCUAAACUGGAUGGAAGGUGAUGGACGUGAGUUGAGUGAUUAUGAUGAUAAUGUAGCUCUUUCCUUCUGGGAGACAGUGCAAAAGGAAGCAACAUCUUGGAUGUUGCAAGCUGAGAAAUUCCACUUUAUUUUUGGUUCAUUCAAAUCAGAGCCUUCUGCGCGAAAGCCCCGACUUGAACACCGGAAAAAAGUUCACAAAAUGGAAGAAAAUGGGGAUAUGCCUACAAAGCUGAGGAAGUUGGAUCUGAACAGUAAUCAAGAAGCAACAGAAAAAGAAGUAGAAAGGAUCUUGGGACUGUUGCAAACGUACUUUCGAAAGUAUCCUGAUACUCCCGUGUCCUAUUUUGAGUUUGUGAUUGAUCCAAACUCUUUCUCUCGUACUGUGGAGAAUAUAUUUUAUGUUUCUUUCAUUAUAAGGGAUGGUUUUGCAAGGAUAAGACUUGACCAAGACAGGUUGCCAAUACUAGAGCCAAUUAAUAUUAACCAAGUGGGUGAGGGAAAUGAUCCCAGUUCCCAUUGCAGAAAACAAGGAGUUAUAUCUUUGAGUUUACAGGACUGGAAAAAUAUUGUGGCGACUUUUGAAAUUUCAGAGGCUAUGAUCACAAAUUCAUACUAAAGAUUUUUGUUCUCAGUAUAGGAUGCAUUUUGUGGCUUUUCUAAAGCAUAUCAAAAUAGAUAGCAAAAUCCAAACAGAAGCACAUAUUGUAUCUCUUGUAAAGUGAUAAAGUAUUUUCAAGAACAUCAGAAAUUGUUUUGCUGUGCAGUGCAUUUUUCUUGGUAGUUUAUAAAGUUGUCAAGAUUGUUACUAAAAAGUUCACUGGCAUGUUCACGGAAAAAAUUUUUUUCUCUUUAAGACUUUAUUAAUAAAGUUGUGAAUUUCAUAGAUUAAAAGGUAUUUGAUAAUUUGCCCCAGAAAUCAGUUAUGAUUUUUUCUCUGUGAUACUGCACUGCUUCCUCUGCUACGGGGAAUCAAGGGAAUCCCAAACAGACCUCUUAACCAGGAUGAGGGGAAGAGUGGGUGAAGAAAAUGGUCAAUAAAGACUACCUGUAGGGCAGUGUAUGUGUGACCUUAAUACUGUAAAAAAAAAAAAAUGCAAAUGCCAUGCUAUAUUGCAGAGAGGACUCAGUAACAUUAAUGAGUGGGUAUCCAUAGUCUCCUGUGAUUGGACUCAACAAAAGUAGAAUAUCUUUACUGAAGUAGAUGAGGCAUCAACAAAGUGCUGAAAGGUGAGUAGGAAUUGGCCAAAGAUAGGAAAGCUAUUCUAGUAGGGAAAUAUGGAGGCCAAAUACAUGGAAUUGUGAGAAGUUAUGGCACCAGAGACCUAUAAAAUUUUUUGGAACUGUUCCAUUUGAAUGUUAUAAUGGGCAAAAAUUGAUUUACCUCACCUAUUUGUAUUCUCAGCGGUGGAAAAUAUCUUUGUCAAAUUAUUUAAAACACUAAAGUCUUUUAGCAUCCUGUUACAGUUUUUAUCUGCUUGGUUAAUUUCUUCUCCAGCCCCUAGUUUCCCUUUGUAAUUUUUGCUAGUACAUACAGUGUUCCUCAGAAUCAGUGAUGUUUCAUUAUGUAACAGCCUUGAAUAUUUGUUCCCAACUCAAUUUUGUAUUUCUUAAUAGGGCUUAAAAUGCCUGGAAGUUGUCCUUGUUUAAACUGAAACAUGAUUAUCCAAAUGUUCUUCACUUGUAUAAAGCCAUAAAGGUUUUUUGUUGUU